CGCGUGCGCGGAGAGGCUUGUCCCCUGCCACCUCCCACGGUCCCUGGCUAGCGUCAUGGCCGCCGCCGCUCUGGAGGCGGGAGUGCCUACAGGCGUUCUGUGGGGGCUCGUGCAAGACUUCGUCGUGGGUCAGCAGGAAGGUCCCGCUGACCAGGUGGCUGCAGAUGUGAAAUCCGGCAGCUAUACAGUGUUACAAGUGGUUGAAGCCCUUGGGUCCUCUCUGGAGAAUCCUGAACCCCAGACUCGGGCACGGGGUAUCCAGCUUUUGUCACAGGUGCUGCUCCAGUGUCACUCCUUGCUCCUGGAGAAGGAAGUGGUUCACCUGAUCCUGUUCUAUGAGAACCGGUUGAAAGACCAUCAUCUUGUGAUCCCAUCUGUCCUGCAGGGUUUGAGGGCACUUAGCCUUUGUGUGGGUCUGCCGCCAGGACUUGCUGUCUCUGUGCUUAAAGCCAUCUUCCAAGAGGUACAUGUACAGUCUCUGCUGCAGGUGGACCGACACACAGUCUACAAUAUCAUCACCAACUUCAUGCGAACUCGAGAAGAAGAGCUAAAAGGUCUAGGAGCUGACUUCACAUUUGGCUUCAUCCAGGUGAUGGAUGGAGAAAAAGAUCCCCGUAACCUUCUGGUGGCUUUCCGCAUUGUCCAUGACCUCAUCUCUAGGGAUUACAGCUUGGGACCCUUUGUGGAGGAGUUGUUUGAAGUGACAUCCUGUUAUUUCCCUAUUGAUUUUACUCCUCCACCUAAUGAUCCCCAUGGUAUCCAGAGAGAAGAUCUCAUCCUGAGUCUUCGAGUGGUGCUGGCUUCUACGCCACAGUUUGCUGAGUUCCUACUGCCCCUGUUGAUUGAGAAAGUAGAUUCUGAGAUUCUGAGUGCCAAGCUGGAUUCACUGCAGACUCUGAAUGCUUGCUGUGCUGUGUAUGGGCAAAAAGAACUGAAGGACUUCCUUCCCAGCCUUUGGGCUUCUAUCCGCAGAGAGGUGUUCCAGACAGCAAGUGAGCAGGUGGAGGCAGAAGGCCUGGCAGCCCUUCACUCCCUGACUGCGUGUUUGUCUCGCUCUGUGCUGAGUGCUGAUGCAGAGGACCUUCUUGACACCUUCCUUAGCAACAUUCUACAGGACUGCAGGCACCAUCUGUGUGAACCGGACAUGAAACUGGUAUGGCCUAGUGCCAAGCUGUUGCAGGCAGCUACAGGUGCAUCUGCCCGGGCCUGUGACCACAUUACCAGCAACGUACUGCCUUUACUUCUGGAACAAUUUCACAAGCACAGUCAGAGCAACCAGAGGCGGACAAUCCUUGAAAUGAUCCUGGGUUUCUUGAAGCUGCAGCAGAGGUGGAGCUAUGAAGAUAAAGAUGAAAGAACUCUGAGUGACUUCAAGGACCAGCUGUGUUCAUUGGUAUUCAUGGCCCUAACAGACUCCAGCGCCCAGCUUCAGCUUGUUGGCAUCCGUGCAAUCACAGUCUUGGGUGCCCAGCCAGAUUUCCUAUCUUCUGAGGACUUGGAACAGGCAGUGGGUCACCUGUACAGACUGAGCUUCCAGGAGGAGGAUUCCCAGAGCUGGGUGGCAGCACUGGAAGCCUCAGGAGCCCUGGCCACUCUCUACCCUGUGGCCUUCAGCAGCCAUCUGGUACCCAAGCUUGCUGAGGAGCUGCACAGAGGGAAGUCUAACUUAGCUAGAGGAGAUGGGUCAACCAAAUGCUCACAGCAUCUGCGCUGUCUGCAAGCUUUGUCAGCUGUUUCAACACAUCCCAGCAUCGUCAAGGAGACACUGCCUCUGCUGCUGGAGCAUCUCUGGAGGAUGAACAAAGGGAAUGUGGUUACAGGACCCAGUGACAUUAUUGCUGUCUGUCAGAGUCUCCAGCAGGUGGCAGAAAAAUGCCAGCAAGACCCUGAGAGCUGCUGGUAUUUCCAUCAGACAGCUGUACCUUGGUUGCUUGCUUUGGCUGUUCAGGCUUCCAUGCCAGAGAAGGAGCCCUCUGUUUUAAGAGAAGUGCUGUUGGAGGAUGCGGUCUUGGCUGCCAUGGUGUCUGUCAUUGGCACUGCCACUACUCACUUAACCUCUGAGUUAGCAGCCCAGAGUGUCACCCGCAUAGUGUCCCUCUUCUUGGACGGCAACACUUCCUUUCUGCCUGAAAACAGCUUCCCAAGCAGAUUCCAGCCAUUCCAGGAUGGCUCCUCGGGCCAGAGGCGGCUGGUUGCACUGCUUAUGGCCUUUGUGUGUUCCCUGCCUCAAAAUGUGGAAAUCCCUCAGCUGAACCAACUCAUGAGGGAGCUUUUGGAACUGAGCUGCUGCCACAGCUGCCCCUUCUCCUCCACUGCUGCUGCCAAGUGCUUUGCAGGACUCCUCAACAAACUCCCUGCAGGGCAGCAGCUGGAUGAAUUCCUGCAGCUGGCUGUGGAUGCAGUGGACAGUGGCCUGGGCUCUGGGCCCUUUCGUCAUCAGGCCUUCACACUGCUGCUCUGGGUAACAAAGGCCCUAGUACUCAGAUACCAUCCUCUCAACUCCUCCCUUACAGCUCGGCUUAUGGGCCUCCUGAGUGACCCAGAAUUAGGCCCAGCAGCAGCUGAUGGCUUUUCUCUGCUCAUGUCUGACUGCACUGAUGUGCUGACUCGAGCUAGCCAUGCUGAAGUGCGGAUCAUGUUUCGCCAGCGAUUUUUCACAGACAAUGUGCCUGCUUUGGUCCAAGGCUUCCAUGCUGCUCCCCAAGAUGUGAAGCCAAACUACCUGAAGGGUCUGUCGCAUGUACUCCACAGGCUGCCCAAGCCCGUGCUCUUGCCAGAACUGCCCACACUUCUUUCCCUGCUCCUGGAGGCCCUGUCCUGCUCUGACUCUGUGGUUCAGCUCUCUACCCUCAGCUGCCUUCAGCCUCUUCUACUGGAAGCACCUCAGGUCAUGAGUCUUCACGUUGACAUGCUGGUCACCAAGUUUCUGAACCUCAGCUCCAGCCCUUCCAUGGCUGUCCGGAUUGCUGCACUGCAGUGUAUGCAUGCUCUUACUCGCUUGCCCACUCCUGUGUUGCUGCCAUAUAAACCACAGGUGAUCCGGGCAUUAGCCAAGCCCCUUGACGACAAGAAGAGACUGGUGCGCAAGGAAGCAGUGUCAGCCAGGGGAGAGUGGUUUCUGCUAGGGAGCCCUGGCAGCUGAGCCCUUGUUCCUGAGCAAGUCUCGUCUGAUAAACAAUCUAAUUUGGAAUUACUAACUGUUGAGCCAUGUUGCCCAUGGCAGGGAGAUCACUGGCCUCUGCCUGCCUUUCCCAUAGAGUGCAAGUGCUGGGCCUCUGUUGCAUUGCUGUACAAGAAAUAUCAGAGUCCUGACUUUAAUAGAUUUGUGAAGUAGCUGAGCAAGAACUCUUGUGUUUGAAGAAAGAUCUUGGAUUAUGGGGCUCUUCGUAUCAGGCAAAGUGAGCUGUGCUACUGAAGGAUGAAUCCAGAUGAGUGUGGCCCUGAGGAUCAGGGAUGGUGAAUGUGUGUACCUAUUAGAGAAUAAAGAUUUCUUUGGGUAAUA